CUUGUUAGUUAGUGAUGUGUGUUGUGGCAGAAUUGUUCAUGGAAACUUUAAGGUUAUUUUUCGUAAUUCUGCAAAAAUAAAAAAAAUCUUCAUCAAAUGGUUUCUUGUUGUUAAUGAAAUAGUGUUAAAUCAUUUAUCACGAUGCACAAACUGAAAUCAUCACAGCGAGAAAAGGUUAAGAAAUUUAUAUCUUUUACACAAACUGGUGAGAACACAGCCAUAUAUUGCCUUACUCAGAAUGAUUGGAAGCUAGAUCUAGCUAGUGAUAAUUACUUCCAGAAUCCUGAUGCGUAUUACAAAGAACCUAGGAGCGUAGACAAAAAGAAACUAGAAUCUUUAUAUAGUAGAUACAAGGACCCGAACGAACCAGAUAAAAUUACAGUCGAUGGUAUAAUGAAAUUUUUAGACGAUUUAAGUUUACCGCCUGAAUCGAAGCUCGUUCUGAUUAUCGCUUGGAAAUUCAAAGCCGCUACUCAAUGCGAGUUUACUAGGGAGGAAUUUAUAAACGGAAUGACGGAAUUAGGUUGUGAUAAUAUUGAUAAAUUGAAGGCGCGUCUGCCUACAUUAGAAAGUGAAUUAAGGGAUAAUUAUAAGUUUAAAGACUUCUAUCAUUUUACCUUCAAUUAUGCCAAAAAUCCCGGACAGAAAGGAUUGGAUCUUGAUAUGGCCAUUGCUUACUGGAAUAUUGUUUUGAAAGGGAAAUUCAAGUUUUUGAAUUUGUGGUGCACGUUUUUGCAGGAAAAUCAUAAACGGUCUAUACCUAAAGAUACCUGGAACCUUUUGUUAGAUUUCGCCCAACAAAUCGCGGACGAUAUGAGCAAUUACGACGAGGAAGGUGCUUGGCCUGUGCUCAUUGACGAUUUCGUCGAAUGGGCAUCGACGCGAACAAAGGAAAAUCAACCGCACAGUACGAGCCAACUUGAGUAACAUAUUUAUUUGAUUUUUAUUAAAAACAUUGACUCAAAUUGCGUUAAAAUUAUCAACAAAAAUGAGGUAGCACUAAUCUUACAAGGGAGGGAAGUUGAUUAUAUCGUCGUUUGUUUUUGUAAGAUUAUGAUUAAAGUAAUUUUUUUCAAAAUACACGUGUAUAUAUGCCAGUUUUUUAACAAAAAAAUCAAAUGGAAAUGGAAAACCCCAAAAAUGUUACUUUCUCUCGUAUAUAUUCGGGUGGUUUUUGUUUAGUCCGUUGAAGAGUUACGAAGACCUUAAAUUUAUCAAAGUCAGCUAGUUCAAAGAGUCACGUUUUUAUGGUUACGAGUAAAUCCACCAUCUUGAAUCGUUUUUGCGAAAUAAUGAAAUUAUCCACCGCACAAAAAAAUUUUUUUGUAAAAUUGAAAAUAACAAAGUUAUUAAUAAAAAACUGUAAAAAGUGAAGGAGUUAAUUCCUAGUCUCUGUAACUUUGUUAUAUUCAAUUUUACGAAAAAAAGUCAAGAGAGCAAAUUUGUAGAGAAUUAAAUUUCCUACAAAAAACAAUUGAACAAUUUUUUGUGCGAUGGUUAGUUUCAUUGUUAUCAUGUAAAAACUAUUUAACCAUUAUUUCAAGAUGGCGGAUUUUCUCUACGCAUAAAAAACUUGCUCACCGAAAAAUACAAAUUUGGGAAUCUUUUUGUAAUUUUUCAAUGGACUAAUUAAUUUGAAUCUAGCUAUUUAACGAUAAAUAAUUAAUUGUUUAUUGAAAAA